AUACCAAGAAAGGAAAAAAAUCUGUUAGUGAAGCAACAAGUAUAGAGGAAAUCUUAAAUGUUACUGAAGAUUAUGAUUCGGAUACGAUAAUUAAUGAAAUUGACAAUAAUGAGGAUAUAGCUUGGUUUAGUUUUACAGAUGCAGAAAACCUAAUAGCAAAUUGUUUUGAAAACCCUGAAGAAAAUGAUCGUUUAC